ACCUCGUCUCCCUCCCCGCCCCUGAUUCGCAAGGCCAAAGCAAGAGGGGCAGGAGCGCCACCGCGAAUCCCAUCCCAUCCCCGCACCGCCGCCGAUCCCGCCCGCCCGCCCCUCCGCAGAUCUCCCCGACAUUGCCCGCUCCCCGGCCGGAUUCGCCCAGAUCCACCGACGCCGCGCGCGGUGCUCCCGGCGGCGUGGCCCGGGCCGUCUGAUCGGGGAGGCUCGAUCUUUUUGGUUGGUGCUGUUGUCUGGAGGGUGGUGGCAGCGGAGAUGGGCGUCGGAGGGGAGAAGUUCCAGCUGGGGACGGUGGGGGCGCUGGGCCUCUCCGUGGUGUCCUCCGUGUCCAUUGUCAUCUGCAACAAGGCCCUCAUGAGCUCCCUCGGCUUCACCUUUGCUACCACCUUGACGAGCUGGCAUCUCCUGGUCACUUUCUGCUCCCUUCAUGUCGCACUAUGGAUGAAGUUUUUCGAGCACAAGGCUUUUGAUUCGAGAACUGUCAUGGGAUUCGGAGUACUCAAUGGCAUCUCCAUUGGGCUCCUCAAUCUGAGUCUUGGUUUCAAUUCUGUUGGUUUUUACCAGAUGACAAAGCUGGCCAUCAUCCCCUGCACUGUUAUUUUGGAGACUCUUUUCUUCAGGAAGAAGUUCAGCCGGACUAUCCAGAUUUCCCUUUCCGUGCUUCUUUUGGGUGUCGGUGUUGCAACCGUGACUGAUUUGCAACUCAAUGCUGUGGGGUCCAUACUGUCCUUGCUGGCAAUUAUCACGACUUGCAUCGCUCAAAUUAUGACAAACACUAUUCAGAAGAAAUUCAAGGUUUCUUCAACCCAGCUGCUAUAUCAGUCUUGUCCUUACCAGUCAUUGACACUGUUUCUUAUCGGCCCGUUCCUUGAUGGAUUCCUGACUAACCAAAACGUCUUCGCUUUCAAUUACACAUCUAACGUUGUGUUUUUCAUCGUCUUGUCGUGUUUGAUAUCGGUCUCAGUAAACUUCAGCACCUUUCUUGUGAUCGGAAAGACAUCUCCUGUUACUUACCAAGUCCUGGGCCAUCUUAAAACGUGCCUAGUUUUGACCUUCGGUUACGUUUUGCUUCAUGAUCCAUUUAGCUGGAGAAACAUACUUGGCAUCCUAAUUGCGGUUGUUGGGAUGGUACUAUAUUCAUACUUCUGCUCAAUAGAGACUCAACCAAAAAAUAACGAUGUCUCCGGACAGCAGUCAAAAGAAGGUGACUCGGCACCUUUGAUCUCUGAUUCUUUGGGCAAAGUUGAAAAUGGAGGUGAUGACGAUGAGCCUUUGAAGGUACCGAUGUGGAGCUCAAAGUACCCAAGGGCGUGAAAAUUUCGUCUCUUAGACGGCGGAUGGCAUUAUACAGGAUUCAAUUUAGUAGGCAGAUAGUAGGGUUGGAAGCCAACUUUCCAACCCAAGUAAUGAAGCAAUGGACAUUUCAGUUACAAGUAAUGGACAUGUCAGUUACAAUUAAAAUGAUCUGAUUCUUUGGAGGGUUUUACCUUCCAAAAUUGCAGAUCUACCAUGAAACUAGAUAGCAGAUACUGUAAAAUUGUAUCUGGAUAUGGUCCAAAUCUUCUCACUGUAACUUCAUGUUGGGACACUGGUCUGCAGAUAGACUCCAUUCUUUUUGUACCAAAGGUCCCGAGGUCAAGAAUUGUGCAAGACUUUAAAGUAUUUAUAGGUUCAAGUUUGUAACUGUACUUUCAGAUUUA